AUGGGCGAAUCGUCAACCACCGUAGUGCCCUUGGAUCAAUCAGGAUUCAAUAUUCUGAAACCGUGCAGCUCCCAUGAAACGAAGACAAGGGAGAAGGUUAAAGAAGAGUGUUUAGUUCUGACCGCUUCGGCGACCAGAGCCAGUGUGACAUUUGACGCUGAGUUUGUCUGGAGUUGCGAUGUCGAGAAGUUGGAUGGUUGGCUGGUGGUCAAAGUUGGCUGGGAUGGAGACAGUCGAAGCGCUGAGGCCCUGGUGCGGCCGGGAGGUAUCUUGUCGAGUUACAUUAAGCGCCGGCCCCAUCGAACUAUGGAGGAAGUACAAACACCAGACACCGUUGGCAUGCUCAUUGGCCACCAGCAGGGAAUCUUGCACGAUAAAAAGGAGGUUAGGUUUCUGAUAGUUUACUGGCAGUCCAGAUCAGCUACCUAUGGGGCAUCCCAAGACGAGUCUAAUGAUACCUUGUGUCCUCCAAGUUGA